CGAUAAGGACAGAGCGACGAUGCGAUCGAGGGCGUCUCAAGCUCGAGCGCUCUUUCGGGUGGUGGCCAACUCGUCCUCCGCCCGAGCGGUUGCUUCAGCCCCUUCCGCUUCGGUCACAGGGCCCUUGUCGUCGUCACCCAACGCGAGCCUGAAGCCGGGAGGAACGGCUCGACGAGGGGCUCGGGGAGUCAAGGCAGGAGCGACAAAGCGGUCAGGACCAGGCGGCUCGAGUCGAUUGCCGUCACAGUCUUCAUCAUCGACAGAGGCACGUCUGCACCAAGCGAGGAUCGUCUCGAUUCGCUCUCUGCCCGAGUCUGAAGCAUUGCUGGCGGCCGCCAAGGCUGGUGCCAGCGGCGGCGGCAUCGUUCUCCGACCUCCCGUAAGGCCACCUCCAUCCACGCUCUCUUCCGUGGCUUCUGAGGCGUUUUUCGCCUCUCAUCGUCCCUUGCUCCAACACGAGCUCAUGUCCGAUGAAGCGUAUGCAAACUGGACGCCGCAAAUGACGGCUGAGUACGGUAUCGAGACUGCCAAGAGGAUGCUAAAGGCCUCCAUCUCUUCGUCGGAGGCGUCUACCUCUGGCUCCGGAAAGAAUCAGGGGAUCAGAGACUACCUUUCAACAAUUCUUGAUGGUCUCAACAACGCGGACGAGUACGGCCUCGAGCUGCAUUCAAUUGGAGUAGGGGGGAGUGGUGCGGACGGUCAGUCGAUGCCCAUCCCAUGGCGCAGACCGAUCAAGGAUUUGUCCGCCGACAGGUUCAACAAGGUUAUCGACUCGCUCAGCAAAGACAAUGUUACCUCAAAUGCCGUACUUAGCGAGGCAAGCCGGCUUGAUGACGAGGAGGCGGCCCGUAUCGACCGAGAGCAGGCGGUCGCCGCUGCGUUGGAACGAGGCGAGGACACGACGGUGGCAAAGAGCCUGGGUUCCGAAGCAGACCUCAUCGUGCUAGGCGAGCCUAAUGGACCUGACCCCAAAUGGGCCCGUGGUGUGGCGACCCAUCUGGCUGAAAAGACUCGAGCACUGCAGCCACCGCCUGCGCCGAGACCUUCAAAGCUCACCGAAACGGCGGCCUUGGACGAGGGAGAGUCCGAGGACAUCUUCUACCUCGGCAGUUUUGUUGCCGAGUCAUUUGAUGCCGAUGGCAAUCUGCCUGAGCACCUUGUGGCCGAUGCAGAUGGCCCGGCCACCUUUGGCGACGACGAAAAUCCAACGCUGAUGUUUUCGCACGCCCUUAUCCAGUCACACCUCCCCAAGGCUCUCGAGUGGGAUGCCAUCGUCGACAAGAUGGACAAGGCUUCCCUCGAUUCUAAGGUCCAAGCCGUGCGAGAGGGAGAGGUGGAAAGAGAAAGCGACCUCGUAGAUCUCUCCAGACUCAAUGCAGAUUUGUCGAAGCAAGUGGGCGACGCGGAUGGAGUCUUCAUGGACAGCGUCAAGCGGAAGAGAAGGAAGAAGAUGAGGAAGCACAAGUACAGGAAACUGCGCAAGGCGACGAGGGUUGAGCGGACAAGGCUCAAGAAGUAGUUCAAAGCACGCAGAACGAACGCAAGCCAUAGAUUAAUCAAAGAAGAUGAAAGGGGAGCAUUGAAUGAAGAAUAACCUUUUCUCGCAAUCUCUGUGUGUCAUGCUCUUUAAAGGGACGGACAGAGGCAUGACUUGCGUUGC